UCCGCCACUUUAAACAACAACAACAACCAGCACAAAAAAAAAGAAAGAAAGAAAAAGAAAAAAAUGGAAAAAAAAAAACUACUUUCCACCUCCAGGCUCCACGUGCAUCUCCCCCCAGUCCUCCCCUCUCUUCCUCUCCCCCCAGGGUCGGGGCCCAGCUCUGGGUUGGGUGGGGGCCGCGGGCCGGCGCGCGGGUGGAGGGAGCUCCGGCGGCGCCCGCACCCUUUGGGUUUAUUUGCAUAAGUCAAAUGGGGGCGGGGGCGACUGCGAGGAGGCGAGAUCGCCUCCCCCUAGGCCCCUUCACGCCUCUUUCAGCGCUCUCCACGAUCGCCUGGGGGAGAGAAAUCAAUAAGCCCAGGCCGCACGGCGCAACUUUCGAUGCCCGGCGUUGGCGUCCGGUGGCCGCCCAGGAGUGGGGCCGAACCCGAAAGUUUGCAAGAGGAAGAGAGCGCGCGGCGAACGAGCGGGCCGGGGGCAGCGGCAAGCGGCUCCGGGGACCAUGGUGCUGCCGGCGCCUCCUCCGCGGGCGUGAAGGCGGCGCUCCCACUCUCUCCCCGGACUCCGCGGGAAUGCCGGAGGAGCAUUCUGGAUUCCCUUUGAAAGGCGUCUGUACAUUCAAAUCGACUACACUUCACCACUGGUCGUACGUAGACUUGAGGGUUUAGGACUUGGACAAUAGCUGAGUUGAGAAGACCUCAAGGAUAUUUAAAGAAAUUUUACUACUACUGAAAAUAUAUUGAAGAAUCGCUGCAAAAUUUUUCCACUCUAUCCCCUUUCCCCCACCCCCGUUUUACCACAGCGAGAAUCAAUUUGGAGGGAGAUGUGUAAACUAGAAUUUGAAAAGAAAUAGUAAGACUUCAGGUGAUUUCUACCCAGGGAUAGCCUACAUAAUUGAGACAGAGGAGUUCCUGCUAUUUUUCUGUUCCAGAGUGAAAUGUAUCAAAUCUUUUUUAGAAUUCCACUGGAGUUUUGAUUCUCAAAGUGGAAAUACCCAUCCUUUUGGGUCCAGGAAAAGAAAACUGGGCUCACAGUUUCAGAAAUUUGAAAUUUUUUUUUCCCACUCUGUCUAUUUGAAACGUCUCACAAUUAAAGAGCAAGAAAAAUAUAAAAAAGGAACUCAACUAGUUACCAUUCAAAAGGUGUCAGCUAAAAUCUCACAGCAGAGAGGGAGAAAAAAAGGUUGAACAUCUUGCCACUGGCUGCAUCCCCCACCCCCCUUAGACUUUGGAUUAGUCAUUGUAUGAGAGAGAGGGAAAAAAAAAUCAUUUUUUUUUUUUUUGGAAAAGUAAAGUAAACAGCCUCCAACUGCUGAACCUUGACAACCCAAAUUAAGGAAGCAGGAGAGAUCAAACAGAACUGCUGCUGGGUGGUUGUCAGGAGCUGCUACACGGAGAACCCUGGACUAUUCGAUCAAGCAGCAAGGCUGUAUGUUCACUUAUGCAGAAAUGGACCAUUGCAAAUGCUAAUCUUUGUUGUGCAAGCGAAGGCUCACUUGGAAGGAAAUACUCAGCCCCUCUCUGGGCAGCAUUUGAGUUCCUUAUGGAUGCCGAGUCGCUAAACAAGUUAUUUUUUUUUUUAAUGCAUCCGUCUUUAUGAGGAGAAUGCCACCCAAAAAUGUAUUAAAGGAAUAUUAAGUCGUCCAGAGGCUGUCUUGCUACCAAGAACUGUGCAGUGGAAUUCUUUUUACCAACAUUAGACUCCUACACUAGAGUUAGAUAACGUUUUCUCACAUUGAGUUUAGAAGAUCUGCCUUGUCAGGAAAGCCAAGGUUUUGUAUGUGAAGGUUUAAAUCUGAUGUAAAGCUCAAAAAAAAAAAAAAAAAAAAAAAAAAAUCCCUGGUGAUGAAGUUUUGUGUCAGCCCACUCUUGGAAUUUAAAAAGGCGAGAGAGAGCACUCUCCAGAUUAGACAUAACCUCUUUUUUUAGAUUGACAUUCAACAUGACCACGUUGCUACUUUUAUUCAAGUUCUCUGUAACUUGUCCUUGCUUGUUGUCUAGGAAAAUUUAACUGCUUUACAUUUUUAAAGGGAGUAGUAACAGCAAUUACUGUAGCAUUUUGUUUUCACAGGUUUAUCAAAGUAUAAUGAAAGAAACAUCAACUAUUCAAAUUAACUGUCUCAAAGAAGGGGUUUAUAUUGCUGGAGAUGUCUGUAAGAUGUUGUGUUUAUGUUUAAAUCCUGGAGUAUAAACUGUAACACUCUUUUUUUUUUUUUCCCCUGGCUAAACUAUCCGCAAAUUAAAUGUCAUUUUAAAUUAAGUAGAACAAAGUAGGAAGUAGGAUAAGUAAACACACACAGAAGAAUAAAAAUACUUGUUAUUUAA